AUGCAGAAACCGGAUGAAAGAUACAACGAUCAUGUCUCGCUCGGAGCCAAACCAUCCUUCGCUUUCGACGAGCCGGGAGACUCUAAGGACGAGCGCCUUUUCUUCGGAAUCGAGGCUAUCCUCGCUUCCGUGGAGUGUCUCAAUGAUGCGGAGACAAUGGAGAUCUAUGGGUAUUCCGGUCCUCGAAGUGGUUGA